UUCAACAAAGUAUGGUGUAUAGCAAUAAUGAAUGAACGUUAUGCUCGAAUGCUUUACUUUUCGUCGAUCCGACUGCGGACGUAUUAAUAGGAAAUGAAAGUUCACUGAAUCCUUGCUUGAAUUUGAGAUUGAAUUGCUUGAAACUGAAAAGAAGAACUUGGAAAUGGUAACCACAACACACAAAGCAAGUUUGGGAAAACCGACAACAACUCAGAGAUGUAUUUCAGUGGUCAUUCUAGCACCAUCCUUCACGCACUAGAAAACGGGGCUCUCUAAAGAGUGAAAACCAGUGCAACCAGCAACCAACAUUUUGAAUCCCAUUCGCUUAAUCGAUAAGUUAGUCUGUAUAAUUUUUAGUGUUGUAAAAGGGAAUUAAUGACUUCUUAAUGGUAUAAGUACAGGAUAUCCAUAGCUACGAGAAUAAUGAAUUUGAAGAACACGUUUUCAUUUGCUAUUCGAUAUUUUGUGCUAUUUUGUGUGACGGAAUUUUUGUUUAUUGACAAUUUCAAAGCAAAUGCUAACGUUUACAACCUUAAAAGCAAACUUGAGAAUAAGCAUCUUCUUCUGAGCGCUACCAAGAGUCCUUUGGUUAAAGAUAAAGAGCUGACUACUGUUAGCCUGGGUAUUUUGGAGGAAAUCAUCCUGGAAAUUUUAUCAAGUCACAUGAAGUUCACAUAUACAAUUGUUCCACCCUCAGACAUCUUAUCACCUGGUUAUCUUCGUCCAAACGGUUCUUGGACUGGAACAACCGGACAGAUGCAACGUAGGGAAGUUGACAUGUGUGUCACUACUAGUGCUCCUUCUUCCGCUAAAUUACUGGUGUCAGACAUAUCCUAUCCCGUUCUAUUCGUUGAUGCUGCUAUUUUAAUUCCCUUUCCGAAAGAGAAAACUAAAUGGGUGGAUGCUUCAGCUUUCCAAUCUCAGGCUUGGCUGGCUAUUGGUUGCUUCUUCGCAUUUAUGAUCCUGUCCGCUUGGAUCAUUCACCGUCUAACAAAAUCAAAUCCGGAUAUGGAAAGCCAGAAUAGUUUAUCAUUUUGGAUUUUCUACUAUUUUUGCAUCUGGAUGUUGAUCCAAGGGGCUACGCUGAGAAAUCGAUCGACGCCUUUACGUCUAGUCUGCCUUGUUUCCUUUUUCGGAAGUUUUAUCAUCAUGAAUUAUUUUACAGCCUCGUACACUUCGAUUUUGUCCAUCCCAAAUUUUAAGGCGACUGUGGGUUCCAUUGAAGAUUUAGCAAACAAUGGAGCAGUCAAUCCUCUACUUAUCAAAGGAUCUAGUACAGAGGAGUAUAUCAUGUCUUCAUUGGAUGCAACUAUGAAGAAAAUUAGCGAGCGUAUGCGAUAUCGCCCUGAAGGGAGUAUUCGUAAUGCCUUGACUGUCGACGAUAUAUCUACUAUCGUCAAAGAAAAUUCUGCUCUCGUUUUGAUCAAGUCUACAGGUGAAUCUUUGAUUGAUCAGAGCUACAAAAUCAAUAAAGAAUGUCGAGUAACACUGGCCGAAAAGACCUUCUAUAGUCGCCCACAAACCUUCACCUAUCCGAAAAACAGUCCCAUAACGAAUUCCGUCAAUUACAACCUCCUGUUGAUGCAACAAGCAGGAUUGAUCCAAUAUGCUGAAAGAAGAUCUGCCGUUCCCUACAAUCGCUGCUCUGUCUCUGAAGCAAAGAAGAUUGCAGCUGAUAAAAUUGUUCCACUUCAACUUAAAGACGUGGCCGGAGCGUUUGUUAUUCUCGCCUUGGGAUCCGCAUUGAGCUUCAUUGUUCUGUUUGUCGAAUGCAUUCUUAGGAAGAUUAAGACAAAAUGAUCUUACGAUGGCAAUCUAACGUCUAACUAAUCUAAAACAGACAUUUUUGUUAAUAUGUGUUUUAAGUUUCCUAGCUGAGGCAGUCUAGAUAUUAUAUGAAAGAAACUGGCUUAAUUGUAAUACAACUAAUU